CCCAGGCCCAGAAAUUACAAUGGCGCCUAAAACCCUUCUUCACAAAGGUUUAUCUUUUUCAUCAUUUGCAGGAAGCUGCUGUUGUUGGAAAGGGCUCAAAGACCCUUUAAAUAAGCACAACAAAAUCCACCUCUUCAGAACCCUUAGGCCUUGGGACCAAGAAAACAAUAUAAGCAACAGAAGAAGAUGAUGAAUGCUGCGGUGUCAUUUAUAGGAGGAACCAACGGCGACAAGAAAGGCUUGGCCGCCACGGUGACAGCCAACCCAGGAGAGCUUAAGCUCCGAGCUGCACUAUCGGACACCAACUUCACUGAUGGCUCCGCCGUGAAACCCGACAACAUUUUACUCUCUGUUGAGAAGCCCGGUUCUUUCACCGUCGACUUCGACAUCCCCAAAAGGGAUGUUCGGUUUCAGUUCUUGAACACGUUUAAGGUGGAGGGUAAGCAGCUGAAUUGGGUGUACACUCACUCGAAGAAUGAAAAUCGGACAGUACUGGAUGGGACCCUGUUGUUGGAUUCAGCCAACAAGAUAUCUGCCAGCCAUGAACUCGGUUCUAUGAAUUGCAAGUUGAAGUACAGUUAUGUGCAUAGAGGGUUGGUAACCUUUGAACCCUGCUAUGAUUUGGCCAACAAUUCUUGGGACUUGGCUGUUUCCAGGAGAAUUGGUGUUGCUGAUCUAAUCAAAGCUACCUAUGAGACAUCGAGUCGGAUUUUGGGUGUUGAGUUGUCUAGUAGCUCAUUAGUCAAUGAGACCGGAAGGCUUAAGGUUUCAGCAUCUUUCAGUCUGACAGAGGGCUUACAGUCGCCGAAACUAAGCGUAGAGAGCAUGUGGAACUUUCCGGUAUAGUCUCUCGAUAACGAGCUUCAUUUUUUUCCAACGUAUAAAACCCGGUAGUUAUAAUAUGCUGUUAGACUGUGCCUUGUUCAUAUGAGAUCCCCUUCAGGUAGCAUUUAUUUACUGUUGGUAUUAGUUUAGCUACAAAAAGGAAGAACAAUGGCAGACCUAGAAUUAUUCUCUGUUAUUAUUCUCGAGCUUUUCUUAUAUAAUAGGACAGUCUGUCUCGG